CUCUUCUGAGUAGUAACGAGUUUAUCCGAUUGUUGCCGAUGUCACAUCCGGUAUAGUCGGCGCUAGCAUAGCAGUAGCUGGCGAGCUUCCUCCAUUCUCGAUUUGUGUUCGAUAUUUUGCUACAUUUUUACACCGACGAACGAGUUUAAAAUGGACAGUGAGAUGUCUGACAUGGAGCCUGCACUAGGUCCACGAGGCAGCAUCAUUGAAGGAGAGAAUGCUCCUCUUUACUGCAUCUGCCGCAAACCAGACAUAAACUGCUUUAUGAUUGGCUGUGAUAACUGCAAUGAGUGGUUCCAUGGCCACUGCAUUAACAUCACUGAGAAGAUGGCCAAGGCUAUCCGUGAGUGGUACUGCAUGAAAUGCAGAGAUGAAAACUCUUUAUUGGAAAUAAAGUACAGAAAAAAAAGCAAAGAGAAGGAUUCAGAGUCUGACCGAACUGAAAGAAAUUACAGCACACCCAGUACACCAGACUACAGGAGUGAAAGGAGGCGAGGUUCCAAAGUGAAACGUUCUGUGCGAAUGUGUGGUGAGUGUGAGCCCUGCAGACGGACAGAGGAUUGUGCCCAGUGUGACUUCUGUAAGGACAUGAAGAAGUUUGGAGGUCCAAACAAAAUCAGACAGAAAUGCAGAUUCAGGCAGUGUGAAGUUCGAGCCCGGAAAAUGUUGCGUGUGAAGGAUGAGGAAUUCUCGUUGCGCGAAAAGAGGGAUAACUACCACAAGCGGAGGCGGUAUUCUGAUGACUAUGACAGUGAGGUCGAGCUGUACCAACAGUACAAGUCUUCAGCUCGGGACUCCAAAAUGGCAUGGGCCAGUGAUGAAGAUGAUGAGCCUCCAUUCCCUCCCAUCAUGCGCAAGAAAGCAGUGAAGGUGAAGCACGUGAAGAGACGAGAGAAAAAGUUUGACAAAAAAAAGGAGUCCCGGCGCCACAAACAGAAGCAGAAGCACAAAGACAGAAGCAGGCACAGUGAAAAGGGAGAUGUACGGGAUGGGGGCAGGCGACGUCAAUGUCUGGGACCAAGUUGUGUGGAGGCAACAAGACCUAACUCCAAAUACUGCUCUGAGGACUGUGGAAUGAAAUUGGCAGCCAACCGGAUCUAUGAGAUCCUCCCUCAGCGUAUCCAACAGUGGCAGCAGAGUCCCUGCAUAGCAGAAGAACAUGGUAAGAAGCAGCUGGAGCGAAUCCGCAAAGAGCAGCACAACGCUAGGCUGCGUUUGACUGAAAUGGAGCGACGCUUCCAUGAACUGGAGGGAAUCAUCGCCCUGGCCAAGCUUCAACAGGAGUGAGAGGUAAAUGAGGGCGACAGUGAGGACACAGAUCUCCAAAUUUUCUGUGUGUCAUGCAGUCAUCCUGUGAAUCCAAAGGUGGCUCUAAAACACAUGGAGAGGUGUUAUGCAAAGUACGAGAGUCAGACCUCCUUCGGCUCCAUGUAUCCUACAAGAAUUGAAGGAGCCACAAGACUUUUCUGUGACGUAUACAACCCACAGAGUAAAACCUACUGUAAGAGGCUCCAGGUUUUAUGUCCAGAACAUUCCAGAGAUCCUAAGAUCUCAGUGGAUGAGGUGUGUGGAUGUCCCUUGGUCAAAAAUGUUUUUGAGCUAACAGGAGAAUACUGCAGAGUUGCCAAACGAAAAUGCAACAAACAUUACAACUGGGAAAAACUCAGGAGAGCAGAAGUGGAUUUGGAGCGAGUCAGAGUGUGGUACAAAUUGGACGAGCUCUUUGAACAGGAGCGUAACGUCAGGACAGCCAUGACUAACAGAGCUGGUUUGCUCGCUCUGAUGCUACAUCAGACAAUUCAACAUGAUCCUUUGACCACAGACCUCCGGAGCAACAAGGAUAGGUAGCUGUCUACAGUACAUGAGAAUUGUGUAAGAGAUUUAAUUUACAGAGCUAGAUUAUGCUGUAAUUUUGUAAAAAAAGUGGUUUUCUAAUCAGAUAAUUUUAAUAUCUUUGUAUAUUUCAAUUAAGUUAAAUUGUGUUAGAAGACAUUUUUACUUUACUAGUUACCUACUGUUAGAAAGGUUCUGUUUUGUUCUGUCUCCGUUUUGUAACUCUGAUUUAAAACUGUUUUGUUGAUUGUAUUGUCAUUAAAAUUGAGGGCUGCAACAGA